AUGUUUAUGUGGGAAAUAAUAUCUGGAAUUACUCCAUUUAAUAAUAUAGUAUAUAAUAAUCAACUAGUUUUAAGUAUUUGUAAAGGUAAACGUCCUAAUAUUAAUGAUAAUAUUCCACAAUGUUAUGAAAGAUUAAUGAAGAAAUGUUGGGAUAUUAAUUCAUUAAAAAGACCAACUGCAUUAGAAAUUAAGAAUAUUAUUGAAAAUUGGUAUAAAAAUAUUUUAACUAAAGAUUUUGAUAAAAAAUUUAUAAAUGAAAUUAUAGAAUUUUAUAAAGAAGAUAAUAUUAUAAAAUUGAAAUCAAAUAUAUUACCAGUAUCUAGAAUAAUAAAUAAUGAACUAAUUUCAAAUGUUCAUACAAAUGAUUAUCUUCUUAUAAUGCAAUAUGCUAAUGAUGGCGAUCUUCAAAUUUAUCUUGAAAGGAAAUUCCAUAGUCUAACUUGGAUUAAUAAGAAAAAGUUGGCAUUUCAAAUUGCUGAAGGAUUAAUCUAUUUGCAUAAUGAAAAUAUUUUGCAUAGGGAUCUUGUAAAUGAUAUUGAUGAUCCAGUAGUACUUUCUAUUGCUAUUGCUAAAGGAGCUCGUGAAGCUACCAUAAUAAAUACUCCUAAAGAAUAUGAAAUACUUUAUCAACAAUGCUGGGACUCAGAACCUGAAAAACGACCGACUGUUAAAGUAAUAUUAGAAAAAAUUAAAAAAAUGAUUAUUGAAGAUCUUCUUCAAACAUAUUUAGAUGCAAAUCCUGAAAGAAAUCCGACUAUUAUAGAAUUGUUUGAAGUAUCUAAAACAAUGGGUUUACCUUUUGAAGAUCUUUAUCAAAGACAUUUUGAAUCAUGUCCUGAGAAAGUGGAAAUAAAUGUUAAUAGUAUCUCAGAAAAUAACAAGUCGAUUUCAGAAAUGCAAACUGUUGAAUUAAAUAAAAUUUCAGAUUCUGAUUUAUAUCUUGAAAAUCAUGCUGAUGGAUCAAAUCAGAUUCGUAAUAUCAACGAGUCGGAGUGGGAGCUACUGAAAGGCGAGUCUAAUUAUCAUUCAUGUAUCAAACCGACGUGGAAAGUUUGA